AUGCCGAUUCUUCCCAAAGAAGACAUGAAGAUUGUUAUUAGACCAAGAGGUAAACUGGAUAUUUCCAAAAUUGGAGCGGCUACGGUGGCUGACGCAAUACUUGCAGCCGCCGGCCUCAGCCAGGAUGAGCUCUCACAAGACACUCUGUGCCCGAACUUACAGCAAAACAUCAUGGUGGCCAGCACUCCUAGACGGGAGAAUGCCGACCGAUACGGCCGUAUCAAGCAAAUCCUCAUCUCAGGCAAGGUCCACGAACUCUGCGCGUACGAGACAGCCCCGCACUCCACGUGCAAGGGGGUAAUACGUGGUAUACCGUUACAAGACAACCCAGCGACGAUAGAUGGCAAGAUUGUUAACCAGAAGAACCCUCUAGCACUGGCAGCCAAGAGAAUCGCUCAGACCGGGACCGUCAUCAUCGCCUUUGACGGGCACCGGGUACCGAAUUUUGUCAGGUACGGAACGCUCUUGAUGAAAUGUUCCCUAUAUGUAAAGCAAGUGGACGUAUGCCACGCCUGCGGAAGACUCGGGCAUCGCGCCGAUGUCUGUCCAACACCGAGCGACGUCGUCUGCCGGGGAUGCGGAAUGCCAAACCCCGAUGAGCAGCACCAAUGCACCCCAAAAUGCAAGAUCUGCGGAGGUCCGCACCUUACAGCGGGUAAAGAAUGUGCGCAUAGAUUUAAGAUGCCGUACAUCGUUCGUCGACGACGCUUCGAGCGUGCCAGACAGCAAGAGCAGCUCCCAACGCCAUCGAUUGUUCGAUCCUCCGAUCCGCGGGCAUCAUCCAGCCCCAGCGUUAGGGGCAGAAGACGCUCGCGCUCGAGAGGCCGAUCCACAAGCCGACGGGUCUCCAGAAGUCGCUCUGCCUCAAGAUCGCGACCCAUGUCGCAUUCUCCAGCGCGCUCCAGCUCUACAGGCCGCUCCAAGUCCGGCACCGGGAGCGACUCGUCCAACAGGCCACGAUCCAAGACCCCCACCGGCGGUAAAGGCAAGUCCUCUCUAACGUGGGCCGAUAGGGCCCGUGGCAACCAAACGCAGGCGUCCAACUCCCAGGACUCGCAUGACCCGCGUCUCACGAACGAGCUCGAAGAGCUUAGGCGUGCCAAUGAUAGUCUUAGGAAAGAAAACGCUCAGUUCAAGCGUGAAAUCAGUCGGCUAGCCGCCGAGAUGGCCGAAAUAUAUAUACGAAGAUUGGCGCUAACACCGCCAGCUCCUCAGCCCGCCGCUAUGGACACGGCGGAGGCCCCGCCCAAGACAGUUGCAGUGAAGCGUCGCGCCCUGGAUGACUCGAGGGGAGACGAGACGGUAGACUCCUUUCGGAGCUCAAGAAUGCCAUCUCCAACAUACAGACAGGUCUCUCUCACGUACAAGAAAUGA